CAGAGGAGUCAAUUCUACAACGUUGUGUUUUUCUCUUGUGCUGCACAUGGCUGGGACGGUGCGCGAAGCGUUGCUGGUCACCGCCACGAGUAAAGCAGUUGCCGCUAAGCUUCUGUCUCUUAGCGGGCUAUUUGCUGUGUACAAACCCAAAGGGCCCACUUCAGCAGAUGUGCUGAACCGCCUUAAGGCGAAGCUGUUGGCAGAAGCUGGUUUGCCAAAUUCUACUAGGAAGAAGAGGAAACAUGUUCUAAAGAUUGGACAUGGUGGGACUCUAGACAGUACUGCUACCGGAAUACUAGUGGUUGGUAUUGGAAAAGGAACAAAAAUACUGAGUGGCAUAUUGGCAGGUUCUAAGAAAUAUGUAGCGAUUGGAGAGCUGGGAAAGGCAACUGACACUUUUGAUUCUGCUGGGAAAGUAACAGAAGAAAAACCUUACUAUCAAAUAACAAAAGAAGAUCUUGAGAAUGUUUUGCAGAAGUUCACAGGGAACAUCAUGCAAGUUCCUCCACUUUAUUCUGCCCUGAAGAAGGAUGGACAGAGGUUGUCAACGCUGGUUAAAAAAGGAGAACCUGUGGAAGAAAAGCCUGCCAGACCAGUUACAGUUUAUAGUCUCACUCUGAAAAACUUCAAGCCACCUUUGUUCACUCUUGAUGUUGAAUGUGGCGGUGGCUUUUAUGUCAGAAGCUUGGUCAACGACAUUGGCAGAGAGCUCUCCUCCUGUGCCUCCGUUCAGGAGCUGACCCGAACAAAACAGGGACCGUUUACCUUGGAAGAACAUGCUCUUUAUGAAGACAAAUGGACAAUUGAUGAAAUUGCCCGGUCCCUGGAGCACUGCAUGCCUCUUCUCUCUGUAGAACUAUCUCAUAAAAAAUUAAAGACGGAGCUGUCUGAAGAACACACCGUGAGCUGUGAAGAUAAGUGAUAACUCAGGUCAAGGAAAAAGACUGAAUGACUGAGAUGUUUUAAGAUUGCAGUGGGAUUGUCUUGUCUCCCCCUGUAAAUUUACAGUCCUGUAUGUGGAGGAUGACAAAUGACAAAGCAUUGAAAAUGAUAGCUUUUCUAUCUUUUUUGUUCAUGCUGAAACAAACACAAAAAGAUGUCCAGCAUUUUAAAAAUUUCCUCUUGUGUGUCUAGGUUGCAUUGUAAAUGUAUUUGUCAGGGAAGCUAGA